CACUUCCUCAUCUCCACCGGCAUCGCAGUCUCAAACUCGGUCAUCCUUGCAUUGGUGUUCCGCUUUAAGACGCAAGAGGUUCUCCUCGCGGAAGCGGGCCAGGAGCCUGGGGAGUCUGAUGCUGCAGGAUCGCGGGGUGCAAACUUGUACCGCUCGAUCCUUAACAUCAAAGCCGUGCAUUUCCUUGCCAUCUUCGCUCUCAUCUAUAUCGGCACUGAAGUUACUCUCGGCGGCUGGAUUGUCACGUUUAUCAUCAACGAAAGAGAAGGUGGGAAGAGUGCGGGAUACGUCUCAUCUGGUUUCUUUGGUGGACUGACUCUGGGCCGAUUGUGCCUUAUAUGGUUCAGCAAAAAGGUUGGAGAGCAUCGCGUCGUCUUUGUGUACACUCUACUCGCCAUAGCGCUGGAACUGACCGUGUGGUUUGUUCCUUCCAUCAUCGAAAACGGAGUUGCAAUCUCCUUCGUCGGUUUACUACUGGGGCCCAUGUUUCCGAUACUUGUCUGCCACGCGACACGGAUCCUACCUGCGUGGUUACUGACUGAAAGUGUCGGGUGGAUCACCGGGAUUGGUAUGUCGGGAUCGGCGGCCCUGCCUUUCAUAACGGGUUUAUUGGCAUCUCGCUAUGGAAUUCGGUCAUUACAGCCGUUAGUCGUUUCGAUGAUGUGCACGCUGGUAGGCGUCUGGGCAUUUGUACCGAGGACGCGACGCGUAGAUUGAGCGCUAUAGCAGCAGGGAUAAUGCAGCAAUAAAGCUACAAGGAUUUAUUCUCCAUUGAAGUACAUUCUCCGAUAC